AUAUAUAACAUUUCUCUUAUUCUUUCCUUCUAUAUAUCUUCAUUUCUUUCAUUAGAAUUUUUUUAAUUUUAAAGUUCGAAUACUCUUAGCUAAAUUUCUGACUGUACUAUUAAAUACGAGUUAGCUAGUAUUGUAGCUCCGACGUUGAUUUUUCGAUUGAUUUUAUGGCGAAUACAAUGGCUCCAGCGCAAAUAUUUGGUAUUAGCAGAAUGAGGCAGCAUCAAGCAGCACCAACUUUCAGGAUAAUGUGUUCCAAUACUGCUAAAGGUGCAGAGGAGUUUCCAAGAUUAGUUAACACGGGCUGCAAACUAGUAGGAUGCGGUUCUGCAGUACCAAGCCUGAGAGUUACCAAUAAUGAUCUUGCAAAAUUUAUUGAUACUAAUGAUGAAUGGAUAUCUACUCGGACAGGGAUACGUACUCGUAGAGUUCUUUCAGGCAAAGAGAAUUUAACGGAUUUGGCUAUAGAGGCUGCACAGAAAGCUCUUGAGAUGGCAGAAGUUGAUCCUAAAGAUGUUGAUCUAAUUUUGAUGUGUUCUUCAUCUGGAGAUGACCGUUUUGGCAGUGCUCCGGUGAUCCAAAAAGCACUGGGCUGCAAAAACAAUCCAUUGGCUUUCGAUAUUACAGCUGCUUGUAGCGGGUUCUUAUUGGGUUUGUUUUCUGCUUCUUGCUACAUCAAAGCUGGUGGUUUUAAGAAUGUCCUUGUAGUUGGGGCUGAUGCUGUUUCUCGUUUCGUUGAUUGGACCGAUAGAGGUUCAUGUAUUCUCUUUGGUGAUGCUGCUGGUGCUGUACUUGUGCAGGCCUGUGAUAUCGGAGAAGAUGGUUUGUUUGGUUUCGACUUGCAUAGUGAUGGUGAUGGUAAAAAACACUUGAUUUCUACUUUCAAAGAGAAUGAAACAGAUGUUCCAUCAAGUGAAAAUCGUUCCAUGACUAGUUUUCCGCCCAAGUGUUCCUCUUAUUCCUACCUCCAGAUGAAUGGCAAAGAGAUUUUCAAGUUUGCUGUUCGCGUAGUACCACAAUCAAUCGAAGCAGCUUUAGAGAAAGCAGGUUUAGCUGGCUCUAAUAAUUUCGAUUGGUUGCUCCUUCAUCAGGCAAACCAAAGGAUUAUAGAUGGUGUAGCAACUAGGUUAGAGGUGCCAUCAGAGCGCGUGAUAUCAAAUGUGGCAAAUUAUGGGAAUACUAGUGCUGCAUCGAUACCCUUAGCGUUGGAUGAAGCUGUUCGAGGGGGGAAGGUGCAGCCAGGCCAUGUCAUUGCUGCAGCUGGAUUUGGAGCUGGCCUUACAUGGGCUUCUGCAAUAUUCAGAUGGGGAUGAAUGCUGCUUUGAUUGAGUAAAAAAAAUUAUCCGUAUCGAGUGUUUAUAUCAAACUAAUAAAUAUAAAAUAUGUAUUUUAUUUAUAUACAUGUAACAGUUAACAUUUGAAAAAUUGAUUUAUAUUCCAAGAGCAAGCUGAAAAAUGAGGAAUGUUGAUCAUAUUAAGCUGGCUCAAUUAAGGAAGAAAUUAUGUUCCUAAAGGUCCUCACAUGCCUUUUUGUAAUUUUAAGGACUUCCUUUGGGAAUAUCUUAUGAAAAUUGUUAUUUUUCAA